CUCGGAGAACCACAAAAAGGGCGGAUAUAGCAAGUCUUCUAGGUUAUGGCGAUUGUAUCGCCCAGGCUGAGGCUUUCCAUGGAAAGAUGGAGAAUGGAAUGGUUACCGUGCGCUUCAUCGCGUGAAGAUGUGAUCCUAUGCAUCAGAGGACUGAAAAUGUUUUCGUUAUACCAUGAACAAAAAUGAUGUUAGCUGUAAAUCAAAUUCUACUUCGGGGCUUCCCGAUCAAGGGUCUCGAGGCGGGAUCAAAUAUACAUCUCCAUUAUACUAUAAAAAUGCUGAACGGUGGUAUAUCUAGCACGAACGCUGUCGUUAUACACCACUAACCUUCCCCACUCGCUCACUCCCAUCCCUCGAACAUGACAUACGUCUCAAAUGAUCCCAGUUGGUGGCCGACAAUCAAUUUGGAUUAUUUUUUUCGACUAUUGGAUGGGUUCGUCGCAUCAGGAUGUUUAGAUCCAACGUUGAUAUGCAGUUUCGCAGUUGCAGCGGGCGUCGUGAUGGUAUACGAUUGGGUCUUAACACUCGGACAAGAGAUUGAACUCAUCUGGAGACAGCGUUGGUCUCUCAUGACCGUGCUGUAUCUGAUUAUACGCUAUAUUGGAUUACCGUAUUUUCUGCAUGUGUCAAGACCAACAGCUUUACACUGUGCUAAUAGCUCAUCUUUGACAAUUAGUGUCCAUUUUCUGCCUAUGCCACCGGUAUCGCUGACAGAUGCAGGGGCCCGGCACUAUCGCAUACUACGCAAUAAGAGGGAUAACUAUGGCCUUGAUCGCCAUGUUGGGCGUCAUCAUGAUUGCUCGGUUGCAUGCCAUGUAUCAGGGAUCUAGAAAAAUGCUUAUGUUCCUUAUUACUAUCUUCCUGUCUGUAAACAUCACCUCCGGAGUAAUCACAG